AUGACAAACCGCGAUCCUGACUUCCGACAUCAGCUGGGAAGGUUCCGUCUCCAAGUCGAUCCCCUUCCUCCAUCACAGCUCCCACUUCCGACCACGUCCGUGACGCCCCCGACUUCGCUGCCCUCUCCAUCCGCGCCCUCGUCCGCGCCCCCUCCCCCUCUCCCUGACCGUCUUGCGUCUCGCCCCAAACGCGUUUCAACUGCCUGCGAUUUCUGCCGGAAACGGAAAAAGAAAUGUGAUUUCCGCUACCCCAAUUGCUCGGCGUGUACACGAGCCGGCGUUCGUUGCACCAUCGCUCCUCCAGGACCGCAAAUCACAUCUGUUCCCCGCGAUCAGCUCGAACGGCUACAGGACCGCGUACAAUGGCUGGAAGAAAUUGUCCGCCGCAAGACGGGCGUUGCAGUCGCGGACAAGCCGACAGGCAGCGCGUUGGACGAAGAUGGCGACCCAAAUUCGUGGCACCAGCUGCCGGCAAUUUUGAUCAAGGUUGAUCCUAGCAGUCCGCAAGCCGCUUCCACAGUAGCAGGGUCCACGACCGGGGUCGAAUCGAGCGCAAGUCCAGGGUCGACGGAGCCAUCAGCAGUCGGAACUGAGCUUCCCAAUGUUGGUGAGAUCUUUCGCGACAAACUCGAGCAUCGUCGCCCUUCCAUCGCACGACCGGUCAUAUCUGCAAGCGCUCCGCACAUCCUCCGGCUCGCAUCCUUGGAGGAAGCCGAACGGGUGGCCGGGCAGUACUUUGAUAGCAUGGGAUACCAGUACCCCUUCCUACACCGUGUUGAAUUCUUCGAUCAUGUCCGACGGAUCUACGCCGGUGAAGUUCCCACCCCUGAGGUGCACUACAGCUAUCACAUCACGAUCGGUAUUUCUCUGCUUAUCGGAUCUGCGGAAAAUGCCGAGGCCAGGGCCAUGGAGUUCUAUCGGGCAAGCAAUGAAACACUCUCCAUAGCAUUGCACAACGAGGACCUUACCGCUCUUCGCGCAUUGCUGAGUCUAGCUCUUUAUACGCUGUUUGCGACAACCGGCCCCAGCAUAUGGCAUGUCCUCGGGACCGCUUUGCGCCUUACCACCAGCUUAGGGCUACACAAAGCAAGGCAUCCCACCAACCUUCUUGACGAUGAAAUGACCAAACGCGCAUUCUGGAGUCUAUACAACCUCGAUAGGCUCAUCGCUAGCACCCUAGGCAGACCGCUCGGGAUUGCCGAUGAAGACAUCACCGUGUCUCUUCCCCGAGAGUUGAAUGACGACGGGACUGAAACGCCAGGAGCGAGCGCCAUGACCAUCCCCAUACAAGUCAUUCGGCUGCGCCGCAUCUUCUCGCGAAUCUACCGUUACCUAUACAGCACCAACCAACCCGCCCCAUCGCCACCCGAACUAUCCCUCAACCUCCGGCACUUCCGCCAGGAACUCGACGACUGGCGCACCACGAGCCCCGUCUACCCACCAGCCCUCCUCUACUCAACCAGCUACUUCGACUACCUGCACGCAACAACCCUCCUCCUCCUCUACCGCCCCAGCCCGCGCAACCCAACCCCGGACCAAACCAGCAUCAUCAGCUGCGGCAACGCCAGCAUCGCGGUAAUUCGCUCGUACUGGGAAUCCUACUGCGCCGGCAAACUCAAAUGGAUCUGGCUCACGCUCAGCCAGCUCUACUUCGCCGGCAUCACGAUCCUCUGGUGUCUGAACCGGAAUUUCCACUCUGUAAACGAGGGGCUUGGGCCGGUUUGGGAGCCAGACGAGCAGAUGAUGCGGAGAGGAAUCCAGGCGGUCGUUGUCAUCCUCGAGGCCUUCGGGAAACGGCGAGCGGGCGUUGAUAAGCUCGCCGAGACUUUCCGCGCCCAGAGUACAACGAUCUUCAGCCAUCUGGCGUACCAGCAGCAACAGCAGCAGUCUAUGAUGCCCCCGCCGUUGCCUCCGCCACAGCCGGCUCCCAACCCGGUUUAUAUGGCGCCGCCAGUGCCGCUUGCACCUGUUCUGGAUGAUGUCUUGUUGGUUGAUGCGUCCGGGACGAUGCCCGUUAUGGAUCCGCAGAUGGCGGAGCAGUUGUUUUACUCUUAUGAUUGGUUCCAGGAGGAGAUGGCGACGUAUUAUACCUUAUAG